CCUGGAAAAGGAGGAGCAAGAGAGGGACAGAAGUGGGAUCUAGUGGGUGGGCUGUGCUCCCCCUGUUGAGGGUUGCGGGCAGCAAAGCCCAAUGGGUCAGAAAAGCCACAAGGACUCCUUUUACCCUUGUGAGGGGACUCCUGUGAGCAACCUCCAUGAGGCCCUGGACCAGUGCAUGGCAGCCCUGGACCUGUUCCUCACCAACCAGUUCUCAGAAGCACUCAGCUACCUCAAGCCCAGAACCAAGGAGAGCAUGUACCACUCACUGACUUAUGCCACUAUCCUGGAGAUGCAGGCCAUGAUGACCUUCGACCCACAGGACAUCCUCCUUGCCGGCAACAUGAUGAAGGAAGCGCAGUCUCUGUGUCAGAGGUACCGGAGGAAGUCUUCUAUGACAGACUCCUUAAGCAGCCUGGUGUACCGCCCCACUCUGGAACAAUUCACAGAAGAGGAAAUCCAUGCUGAGGUCUGCUAUGCAGAGUGCCUGCUGCAGAGAGCGGCUCUGACCUUCCUGCAGGACGAGAACAUGGUGAGCUUCAUCAAGGGUGGCAUCAAAGUUCGAAACAGCUACCAGACCUACAAGGAGCUGGACAGCCUUGUCCAGUCUUCACAGUACUGUAAAGGAGAGAGCUACAGGCACUUUGAAGGAGGAGUAAAACUUGGUGUGGGAGCCUUCAACCUGACUCUGUCCAUGCUUCCUACUAGGAUCCUGCGGUUGCUGGAGUUUGUGGGGUUUUCAGGAAACAAGGACUAUGGGCUGUUGCAGCUGGAGGAGGGCGCGUCGGGGCGCAGCUUCCGGGCCGUGCUCUGUGUCAUGCUGCUGCUCUGCUACCAUACCUUCCUCACCUUUGUGCUCGGUACUGGGAAUGUCAACAUUGAGGAGGCAGAGAAGCUGCUGAAGCCCUACCUGCACCGAUACCCCAAGGGUGCCAUCUUCCUGUUCUUUGCGGGGCGGAUUGAAGCCAUUAAAGGCAACAUUGAUGCAGCCAUCCGUCGGUUCGAGGAGUGCUGUGAGGCCCAGCAGCACUGGAAGCAGUUCCAUCACAUGUGCUACUGGGAGCUGAUGUGGUGCUUCACCUACAAGGGCCAGUGGAAGAUGGCCUAUUUCUACGCUGACCUGCUCAGCAAGGAGAACUCCUGGUCCAAGGCCACCUACAUCUACAUGAAGGCCGCCUAUCUCAGCAUGUUUGGGAAGGAGGACUACAAGCCAUUCGGGGAUGAUGAAGUGGAGUUAUUUAGAGCCGUGCCAAGCCUGAAACUCAAGAUUGCUGGGAAAUCUCUACCCACGGAGAAGUUUGCCAUCCGGAAGUCUAGGCGCUACCUCUCCCCCAACCCUGUCUCGUUGCCAAUCCCCGCUCUGGAAAUGAUGUACAUCUGGAAUGGUUACGCUGUGAUUGGGAAGCAGCCGGAACUCACGGAUGGGAUGCUUGAGGUUAUCAUCAAGGCUGAAGAGAUGCUGGCAAAGGGCCCAGAGAAUGAGUACUCAGUGGAUGACGAGUGCUUGGUGAAGCUGUUGAAAGGCCUGUGCCUCAAAUACCUGGGCCGGGUCCAGGAGGCUGAGGAGAAUUUCAGGAGCAUCUGUGCCAAUGAAAAGAAGAUUAAAUAUGACCACUACUUGAUCCCAAAUGCCCUACUGGAGCUGGCUUUGCUGUUUAUGGAGCAAGGCAGAAACGAUGAGGCCAUUAAACUUCUGGAAUCAGCCAAGCAAAACUACAAGAAUUACUCCAUGGAGUCAAGAACACAUUUUCGAAUCCAGGCAGCCACACUCCAAGCCAAGUCUUCCUUAGAGAAUGGCAACAGAUCCAUAGUCUCAUCAGUGUCCUUAUAGCUUUGUGCAGCACUCCCAGACUGGAAGACAAACAGAGACAGCAGGACAGAGCUCCUAGAAACAUUUCAAAAGAACCCCCCCUGCCCUGCCCUUUGGGGUCCACCGGCGCUCCAGUGGGAAGAAUAUCUGUGCAGAAGCAAAGCUGGCAUUUUCACCAGUGUCCAUGGGUCUUUGCCAAGGACAGAGCAGGUGGAGCCCUCUGCCUGUCCUAUCACACAUACGGGUACUUGUUUUUCACUGUGCUGUUUAAGACAAUGUAUGAACAGUUUUUCCUUAGAAAUACAUUGAUGGGACUAACAACUAA